AUGGCUCUUCUAGCCGAACUUCUGGCCACACCCUACCUGGCCCAGGCUUUAUGCGUGGCUGUCCUGGUGCUCUUCGUCUCCAGCUUCUGGCAGGAUCUGACGGAUGAGAUCCCCUAUAGCCGGAUUCCAUUAGUCGGGAAGAGAUGGUGGGAUCUGUCAAACAAAAAGGCCAAGGCACGGUUCACGGAGGCUGCGAGAGCUCUAAUUGCAGAGGGAUUCGCCAAGGGAACAAGCGUCUUCCAGGUCAUGGCUACGACGCGCCCCCUCAUCGUCUUGCAUCCCAAAUACGUCGACGAGAUCAAAAGUCAUCCCCACUUGGACUUUGAACUUGCCACGAAGAAGAACUUCUUCGAGGAUCGAAUUGCCGGUUUCGAGGCAUUCCACCCCGCCGGUGCUUCGAGGGUAAUCCUGGACACGGUGCGAAUCAAGCUAACCCAAGCCCUCGGCUCAUUGACAAUCCCACUCUCCAUCGAGUCGGCCGCGACAUUGAAAGGGACCUUUCCCCCAUCAAAUGAAUGGACCACAUACAACUUCUCCCAGAAAGUCCCAUACAUGAUCGCCCGCCUCUCCACACUCGUCUUCAUGGGCGAGUCCGUCUGCCGCGACCCAGCUUGGCUCGACGUGUCAGUCAAUUACACAAUCGACGCCUUCCUCGCCGCCCGCGCCCUGCGCAUGUGGCCCUCCGUCCUCCGGCCGCUGGUCCACUGGUUCAUGCCCAGCUGUCAAAAGCUACGACAGCACUUUGCCGUUGCGCGGGCUAUCGUUGCUCGUGAAAUUGAGAAUCGCACCUUGGCUAAACAGGUCCAGCUUGGCUCUGGGGGUGCACCACGCCGCGCAGAUGCGCUGGAUUGGCUGGAUGAACUUUCGACAGCGUAUGGGUCUGUGUCUGAUCAACCGCGUGAACAGGUUGGAUUGGCGCUGGCGGCGAUUCAUACUACGUCUAAUCUGUUGACGAAUGUUGUGUAUGAUCUUGCGGCUUAUCCGGAAUAUGUUGAGCCGUUGCGGGAGGAGAUUAAGGCUGUUUUGAUUGAGGAUGGAUCGUUGAAGAAGACUAGUUUGUUGAAGUUGAAGUUGUUGGAUAGUGUGAUUAAGGAGUCGCAGCGCAUCAACCCUGUGAGCAUAGUAUCAAUGAACCGCGUCGCCCUAUCCCCAAUCCCCCUCUCAGACGGCACCCUAAUCCCCGCCGGCGCCACAAUCGCCGUAUCCGCCCACAUCAACGAAGACGACACCGUCUACCCCAACGCCUCAUCAUACGACGGCUUCCGCUUCUACAAGAAACGGCAGGAACCCGGCCACGAGCACAGACACCAGCUUGUCACGACGACGAGCGACAAUUUUAGCUUCGGGCAUGGACGCCAUGCGUGUCCGGGGAGGUUCUUCGCCGCUAAUGAGACGAAGAUUCUGCUGGUGCAUUUGUUGUUGAAGUAUGAUUGGAAGUUUAAGGAUGUUCAAGGCAGGCCGAGGAAUUUUGAGGUUGGGAUCGAGAGUAUUGCGGAUCCGAGUGUUGAGUUGUUGUUUAGGGGGAGGGGGUGUGAUGUUGAUCUUAGGAUGUUGGGGGAGGGUGUUUGA